CACUUCUCCGGCUGCCUGGCCACUACCCUGCCGGCUGGGUUUCACACCGCUCAGGAAAACAGGCAGAGGCCGACGGCAGCCCUUUCAGCCGCCUUGUCCUACACCGCAAGGGUGACGCCACGUUCACAUAAACUGCGCCAACCAUGACGACCUCAUACCAGAAAGAGCUGGAGAAAUAUCGAGAUAUUGAUGAAGACAAGAUCCUGAAGGAGCUGUCGCCGGAGGAGUUGGACCAGCUGGAUCUAGAGCUGCAGGAAAUGGAUCCCGAGAACAUUAUGCUCCCGGCCGGGCUCCGGCAACGAGACCAGACCAAGAAAAGUCCCACCGGCCCACUCGAUCGGGAUGCCCUCAUGCAACAUCUGGAGAAGCAGGCGCUGGAGGUGAAGGAACGAGAAGACCUGGUGCCCUUCACCGGGGAGAAGAAAGGAAAGCCUUUUAUUCCGAAGAAUCCCAAAAGGGAGAUCCCCAAGGAAGAGCAAAUCACGUUGGAACCCGAACUGGAAGAGGCCUUAGCGAACGCCACUGAUGCGGAAAUGUGCGAUAUUGCAGCCAUCCUGGGCAUGUACACCCUCAUGAGCAACAAGCAAUAUUACGACGCCAUUUGCAGUGGCAACAUCUCCAACACAGAAGGCAUCAACAGUGUGGUGAAACCAGAUUCUUACAAACCUGUACCGGACGAACCGCCAAACCCCACCAACGUGGAAGAAACUUUGACGAAGAUCCAAAGCAACGCCAAAGACCUGGAAGAGGUGAACCUUAAUAACAUUAAGGACAUUCCUGUGCAGACACUGAAAGAAAUUUGCGAAGCCAUGAAAUCCAACACCAACGUGAAGAAGCUCAGCCUGGUGGCGACCCGGAGUAAUGACCCGGUGGCACACGCCGUUGCCGAGAUGUUGAAGGAGAAUAAAAUCCUCCAGAUCCUCAAUAUUGAAUCCAACUUCAUCACCAGCGCUGGGAUGAUGGAAGUGAUUAAAGCCAUGAAGCAGAACACCACGCUGUGUGAACUCAAGGUGGACAACCAGCGCCAGCGCCUGGGGGACUCGGUGGAGAUGGAGAUGGCCGCCAUGUUGGAGAACUGUCCCUCCAUUAUCCGCUUUGGUUAUCACUUCACACAGCAGGGACCAAGGGCUAGAGCUUCCAUCGCGAUAACCAGGAACAACGAAUUACGCCGCAAGCAGAAGAAAACAUAAUGAUCCCGCAACGGACCCCAGCGUGCCCCUAGCUCCCUCACGUGCCUAAAAACGAUCUCCCUGACUUGGGCUCCAUCUGUCUCCCGAAGCCGGAGCUUGAAAACAGCCAGAUUUUAUUUUUCAAAGCAGUUUGCUUGGGUGAGGUUUGCCCCACUGCUCCUUUCCCCUCCGCUGCUCUCCACCCCUCUCCUGCAAUCUCAGGUUCUUUUCCCCCCUCCAAAUCCGAGCGCCCCAUCUUUUGAUUACCUCUGUAAAUAAAGAGAUCUUGGAGAGAUA